AUGGAGGUGGUGCAACAAAAUAGUGAGGACACUGCUAUGGAAACGGAAUCUUUCAAGGUCCCCAAAGCCCCUGUUAAAAUUGAAAAAGAGCAAGAAAAGCUGCUCGCUGCAAAAUAUGGAAACCUAAAAUCGAAGCGCGGCACGAGUUUACUGCAGCAAAGACUCGCAAAUAAAGGCUGCAAAUAUUUUGACUCGGGCGAUUACAACAUGGCACGAGCGGAAAUGAAAAAACAAACUAAAACUGCCGUUGAACCAAACAAAGUCACUGGGGACCAUAUGCCCACGCCAGAAGAACUGCCAAAAGUUCGAAAACAUGUUCCUGGCAGUGGUUUACUAAAACAAUAA